CGCCGACACAGGCAGUCUUCCGGUAGCGUGAUCUGUGUGCGGAGCGUAAGGGGACACACACUUACUACCAGCACCGAGACGGAGCUGACGCCCCUGCGACGAAAAUGACAACGUGUGAGGAUCCCUCUGGCUUCAAGCAGGAUGAUGAGUUUCUGGACAUCCUGGAGGAGAGGAGGAGGAGCAGUGACCUAGGCCAUGCCCUCCGAACCUUUACCCCCUCCCCUUACAGGGGAGCCCCUCUUUCCGCGGGCGCCCUCAACAGGAUGGUUCUGGAGUCACAGUACCUACGAUACGUCACCAAGGAGGUACAGUGUGUCUGGGUGGCCAUGGAGACUGGUGAGAGUGUGGAUCUGGUGAGAGAGGAGGCGUCAGGGAUACUGGAUGAGAUGUCUCAGAACCUCCAGCUGGGAUUCAUCAGACUGCUGGGGUUCACCCUCAGUAAAGUAUUCAAGAGGCUCUUCAGCCACAUCAACAUCAACCAGGAAGGACUCAAUAGGCUCCAACAGGCCAUUCAGGAGUUUCCAGUGAUCCUGAUGCCCAAUCACAGGAGUUAUGUGGACUUCCUGGUUCUGUCCUACAUCCUGUUCACCUUUGACCUGCCCAUCCCCGUUAUAGCUGCUGGAAUCCCUCUGAUGGACAUGAAGAUGGUGGGAGAGAUCCUGCGUCGUUCUGGAGCGUUCUUCAUUAGGAGGGCCAUCGGGUCUGACAAGCUGUACUGGGCUGUCCUAUCUGAGUAUGUCAAAACCAUUGUCAGGACAGGGUAUGCUCCUGUAGAGUUCUAUGUGGAGGGUCUGAGGAGCAGGACUCUCAAGUCCCUCACACCCAAGUUAGGUAUGAUGCACAUGGUCCUGGAGCCGUUCUUUAAAGGGGAGGUGUAUGACAUCACGCUGGUCCCCAUCAGUAUCAGCUAUGACAGGGUCCUGGAGGAGUCUCUACUGGCACAUGAACUACUGGGGGUCCCCAAGCCCAGAGAGACCACCAUGGGCCUACUAAAGGCUAGGAGGGUACUGGAGGAGGACUAUGGCAGUAUGCAUGUAUACUUCGGCAUGCCUCUGUCAGUCAGACAGCUGACGAAGGGGAGGGUGGACCGCUGUGAAUACAACCUCCUACCCAGAGACCUUCCCCAGAGGCCCAGUGUUGAGACCCAGGAGUGUGUGAGCUGGCUCGCCCAGCAGGUGAUUCGUGUCCAGGAACAGAGCUCCAUCCUCAGCCCCUGGUCUCUCAUGGCCUGCCUGGUGCUCCAGGACCAUCAGAACACAGACCCAGGCACACGGCUGACAGGAGAGGAACAGGAGAAGGGUAUCUCCUGGGAGCUGCUCACCCAGAGGACACUGUGGCUCAAGGGACUGGCGAUCAGCUUCGGAGCCCGCCUGGACUGGCCUGGUAGGUGUACAGCCAUUGGUUGGUUGAUUCUUCCGCGGACAGACAGAUAUGAAAACCAGGUAAUGGCGUCCAGCAUGGCUUUGCAUCGCUCUGUGAUUCGCUGUCACCACGGCCGUGUCACACUGCUGGAGGAGGAGGGGCCUGUGGGGGCUGCGCCUUUCACAACAGAGGAGGGUGUGGUCAGGCGGGCGCGGGCGGUGCUUAUGGUUGCGGCCUAUAGGAACCAGGCGCUGCAUGUUUUCAUACGUCCGGCCAUGUUGGCUCUGGCCAUACACACAACACGCAGCUCACAGAGAGAGGACAUCUAUAGCUACUUCAGGUUCCUCUUGGACCUCUUCUCCAACGACUUCAUCUUCAUCACUGGCAGAUCCUCACAGGACUUUGAGGAGGCAUGUUCGUUACUCAGGAAAUGUGGAGCAGUCCAGACCAGUCAACAGGAAGUGACAUCACCAGAGGAGGGUCAGAGGACUACCUCCUUCCUGCGAGCCCUGCUACAGCCCUUCAUAGACGCCUACCAGGUGGUGUUCAGUCACCUGUGUUUGGAGGAUGUUGAGGUGUUCACAGAGAGACAGAUGGUUCCUGCCGUCCGCAGCCUGGUCACCAAGCUCCUCUUAUCGGGCGAGCUGACGUCUUGUGAUGCCCUGUCAUCUGAUACCCAGAAGAAUGUCCUGUCGGCUCUCCUGAGACUGGGCGCUGUGACCAGGCUGAGAACAGCUGAUAGUGAAUUCAGAGCCAACAAACCAGCCAUCAGUAGAUUAGCAGAUACUCUGGCGGGUAGACUGCCGGUACAGACCGCCCCUAACCCCAGGCUCUAACCCUGGAGGACUGCAGACCAGACAGACACAGACUGGACCAAACAUGUCUCUUCACUUCCUGUCUCCAACCCAACUCUGUGGCUGUAUUCAUACAGCGUCUUAGAGCCGAAGCGCUGAGUCCUCUUGUGCUCAACAUCCAGAUGCUGACUGACCUGAACUUUCACACGAUAAUCAACUGAACUGUAAAGCUGUGUCCACUAUAGCUGUUCUAAUUAUAGAGCUGGCCUUAGAGUGCUACCGAUCCAUUACGUGUGAGCUGCUGUCAGGAUCUAGUAGAAUCAGUGAAGUUAAUUAUUUUUUAGACUCCAGACACUUCCGCUGGAGGCCACUAGAUGGCAGUGUAACCACUGAGUCAAUACACACGGUCUGAGUGGGUGAUUUCAAUGUAAUUCAUCAUACCAAUCAAUAAAUAUAAUAUAUGCAAAGACUUAUCAGAUAUCAACAUGUGAAUUGUAAUGUUUUUUACAUUUGAUUUCCACUUUGUUCUUUUUUUGAAGAAAAUAAAAUGAAUGUCACCUUA